AUGCCGGACGAAAAAUCACGUGACAAUGUCACUAAAGUAAAAAGUGAUCUCAUAGCCGCCAACACUAUCACCAGCAACACCAGUACAACGACAACUACCAAUAAUAACUUCGAUCAAGUGUCCAAUGACUCCCAGAUUCACGACCUCAAACCUUCGUCAGUAUCGUCCCAACCGCCAUUUCAAGACAUCGAGUCUGCACAAAAUGCGCUGGCCGAAAAAUACGGCGUCCGUGACUCUCGUCUGCAAUUGAAAAUCGAUAUCUGUGUGGUUCCAGCGUUGAUCUUAUUGUAUUUCGCUGCAUUCCUAGACCGCAUCAAUAUCUCAAAUGCCAGACUUUACGGCAUGGAGGCCGAUCUGGGACUGCAUGGAGACCAGUUCAACGUUGCACUCACAGUUUUCUUCGUGCCCUACGUUUUCUUCGAGCUUCUUGCCAACUAUUUGGCAAAACUGUUCAAACCGCACUGGUGUUUUUCCAUUAGUAUCUUCGUGUUCGGAUGCGCAACCAUCGGAUGCGGAUUUGUCAAGAAUUUUGGCGGUCUCGUAACGGCCAGAGUAUUUUUGGGAGCUGCCGAAGCCGCCACUUUUGGCUUGAUUUUCUACAUUCUUUCCUCCUACUACACCCCGCGCCAAGCCCAAAAACGGUUUUCGUUCUUCUUCAGUUCCACCACUUUGGCUGGUGCGGCAGGUGGCUCGAUAGCAUUCCAAAUUCAUCAAGGUAUUCACAAUUCCCAUCUGGCCCUAUGGAGAUGGAUCUUCAUCAUCGAAGGAGUCGCAACAGUAUUCAUCUCCAUACUCCUCUUUUUCAUUACACCGGAUUUCCCAGAGACUGCCAAAUUCCUAAAACCUAACGAAAGGUCAUACCUCAAAGAAAAGCUCAAGCUAUACUCGCAAGUCGAUUCCGGAUUCGAAGUAAGCUUCAGCUGGCGCGACUACUUGCCCCUCUUCAAAGACCCAAUCUUUUACGCCAACGCUCUUUCUUACCUCGGAUUGGUAGUGCCAGGUUACGGUUACGCCUAUUUUUCGGCCACUAUUGUCAAAGUGCUAGGAUAUACUGCUGUCAGUGCCCAACAGCAUUCCGUUUAUCCAUGGCUUGCAGCCUUUGGCUACAUCAACAUUACCGCUUUUUUCUCCGACUACUUGCAAAACCGCUGGUGCUUUAUCAUGUCAUCAAGUUUCAUAGGAAUUGCUGGGCUCGCAAUGAUUUUGGGCUCAGAACAUCCCCACAUAAGGUAUGGUGGCUGUUUCCUUUCCAGUCUUGGACUUUACAGUGCAAUGCCAACACUCAUCUGUUCAACAUCUCUGAAUUUGGGAGGCCAUCUUAGAAAAUCUUUUGGGACUGGUUUCCAAAUCGGCUUCGGAAACAUUGGAGGUAUUAUCGCGACUUUUCUGUUUCUGCAAAAGGAUUCUCCGCGCUAUGUUAGUGGUCUUGGCGCCUCUAUUGGAUUUGUCGGACUGUCAAUUGCCUGUCAGAUAUUCAUCAUCAUACGUCUUAAGUGGCUAAACAACACCAAGACGACGCCUGCCUAUGUUUCUCGUUUUGAGGAACUCACGCCACGAGAGCGUGUUUUGAAGGGUGAUCUUGCCCCAGGCUUCAAAUACAUGUUUUGA